AUGCUAGCCCCAUUUUUCCCCUCCUUUCCCCCCCUGCUUCCCCCCUUUUCCCCCACAGCUUCCCCUCCUUCUCCCCCCAUGCUUCUCCUCCCUUCCCCCCCUGCAUCCCCUCCUUUCCCCCCUUUGCUUGCCAUCCUUUCCCCCCCUGCUUUACCUCCUUUCCCCCCCUGCUUCCCCUCCUUUUCCCCCUGUUUCCCCUCCUUUCCCUCCUUGCAUCCCCUCCUUUCCUCCCUUGCCCUCCUUUCCCCCCCUGCUUUACCUCCUUUCCCCCCCUGCUUCUCCUCCUUUCCUGCUUCCCCUCCUUUCCCCCCCUGCUUCCCCCCUAUUCCCCCACGGCUUUCCCUCCUUUCCCCCCCUGCUUCCCCUCCUUUCCCCCCAUGCUUCUCCUCCCUUCCCCCCCUGUAUCCCCUCCUUUUCCCCCCUUUGCUUGCCAUCCUUUCCCCCCCUGCUUUACCUCCUUUCCCCCCCUGCUUCCCCUCCUUUUCCCCCUGUUUCCCCUCCUUUCCCUCCCUGCAUCCCCUCCUUUCACUCCUUGCAUCCCCUCCUUCUUCUCCCUAUUUCCCCUCUUUCCCCUCCCUGUUCCCCCUCCUUUCCCUCCUGUUUCCUCUCCUUUCCCCCCCUGCAUCCCCUCCUUUCCCCCCUGUUUCCCCUCCUUUCCCUCCUGUUUCCCCUCCUUUCCCCCCCUGCUUCCCCUCCUUUUCCCCCUGUUUCCCCUCCUUUCCCUCCCUGCAUCCCCUCCUCUCACUCCUUGCAUCCCCUCCUUCCUCUCCCUGUUUCCCCUCUUUCCCCUCCCUGUUUCCCGUCCUUUCCCUCCUGUUUCCCCUCCUUUCCCCCGCUGAUUCCCCUCCUUUCCCCCCUGUUUCCCCUCCUUUCCCUCCUGUCUCCCCUCCUCUCCCCCCCUGCAUCCCCUCCUUUCCCUCCCUGCAUCCUCUGAUUGCCCCCUCUGCUUCCCCUCCUUUCACUCCUUGCAUUGUCUCCUUUCCAUCCCUGCAUCUCUCCUUCACCCCAUCUCACCCCAAGCAACUCCCUUUCUCCUCACUUGCCAUUUCCUGCCGCUAUAUGCAUUGGGUGAGCAAGGAGGCAGCCAUCUGCACCAACACCAGCCUUUCUCCUGUUCACAGCGUGCAGCUCUAUGCUCGAUCGGCUCGUGCCUUCACCGUCUAUUUGGGCACGCUCUGA